GCAAUUAAGUGAAGCGAAAUUAUUGUACAAUUCGUGGGACAAUAAACCUGGUUGGAUGUAAACAAAGCUUGUCACGUGAUCAAAAUUUUAAUGGUUCGUUGCACCGAUUGCACGGUCUGUAUCUAUCUGUAUCUGUAUCUGUAUCGUACAUAUGCCAUUCAUAACGUUAAACGACUGUCAAAUUUAUACAGAGCACAGAACUAUACAGAGUAUCCCGUCAAAAACAAGUGUCCGACAUAAUUAUCGUUGGUGUAUUCAAUAAUAUAGAAAUGUAUUUCAGUAUAGCUUGAAUGGUUUCAAAGAAUGAAAGUCCGUAGUAUGUACAUACAUAUGUAUAAUAAUAAUUGUGUUGAUUUUAAGCAAGUUGGUGUAACUACAUUGAACAAAGUUAUUUAUUUCCUAACUCGAUGUUUCAUAGUAGAGAUUCUACUUAAUAUUUAAAAGUAUGAUAACGAUAUAAAAAAUAUCAAAUACCAAUUAUUCUUUCCAACUAACUAUUUGCCCGAUUGGAAAAUUGGAUAGUUGAGUUUAGGGGAACUUGAAAUUUGGAGGAAAUUACACAUGCCUGAAGAUAUGGACGCUUUGGACAUGGAAUUACUUAACAAUUCGUUUAAAAAAUCAAAAUCUUCUACAAGUAUUUUCAAAGAUUCUAAUCUACAAUUGGUCGGGGGAAUGAAAAAGAAGGUCAUAUUUGAAGAUGCUAACGAGGAUGAUUUAUCGACUGUCGAUUUGCUAUCCGACGAGGAAAUUUCUUUAAAAGAAAAGAAGAAUGUAUUUGCGACUGGUAGUAAAAGUAACUUGAUGGAAGAUUUGUUUAAGAUAAAAACACCAGUUACAUCCGCAACAAGUAUCAAAUUAAAUAAUGAAUUGGAAUCAAAGUUUCAUUUUGAGCACGAAGAUGUUUAUCGAUCGUUUUCACAGAAACCAAGCAGCGAUCUGGCUACUACGACUACCUCUGUUUUAUUAAAAAGAGAAUCAUCUAUAGAAAAACAUGUACAAGAGCAAAAAACUGUAUCUGUAAAUGAUGAGGAUAUUUUAGCGAAAUUAAUUGAUAAAUCAGACGCGGUAAAUGAUAAAUCAAGAAGGUCUGGGUUAAGAGAAAACUUAUUUGAAAAUAAACCUCUUUCAUCUGCUACCAUGGAUUUAAUUAUUCCUAAGAAUACUAAAAAAGCAGAAUCAGAAGUUUCGAUUAAAACUGCAGAAUUUCCAAAUACUGCGCAAAAAUCAAAAUCACAACCAGUCGAUCGAUUACCUAAGCUUUCUACAGGAGAGUCUCGUAGAGGUAGAAGGAAUACAAAAAUCAUAAAUGAUCCUCUUGGUUUACUACCCACUGAUUUAUUAUCCGACCAAAAUUUUCAACUGCUAACGGGUGAAAAUGUAUCAACCAAUAAAGAUACUAAUCCAAAAUUGGAGGAAAAUUUACCAGAAUGGUUGGGUGGAACAAAGAAAGUAGAGGAAAAGAAACAGGACGAAAUACAUGAGGGAAUACCAUUAAAGGAUAGAUUAUCUGAUAAAGUUGGAAAAGAAUCUGCUUCUAAUGAAAAUAUUAAAUCUCAAGAUAUUAAAAAUUCCACGGAUGCAGCGACAACCGGUGUAAGUGAUUCAGAAGCUGUGUCUGUUCCAGAACAUUUCUCAUUGUUAUUUGGUACACAGUUUAAUCAACGAGCUGCAAUUAUGACUAUGCAACAGCAAGAACAUGAAUUGAGAACAGCAACUGUACUUUCUCAACAAAAUGAACAGUUGAGCAAGGUAUCGGAUGCACAACGUUCCAUACUUUGUAAUCAAGAAAAACAAUUUAAUUCAUUUCUAAAAUUACAACUUGAAAAGCAACUUUUAUUGGAAAAACAAAUAAAAAUGCAACAAGAACGUAUUAAUCGAUACAUGCAAACAUUAAUGGCUCAGCCAAUUUCGGUAUCAAGUACUACAUCUGUUUACACGACAUGUAAAUCAGAAGAAAGUGAAAAAUGUUUAGCGCAUGAGAAAGAAGAAAUGGAAAGUACAAUAAAAAUGUUACAAAUAGAUAUAUCUAAAUUAGAAAGUACAUUAUCCGCUAUAAAUGGAAAACAUAAUAACGAGGUGGCAUAUCAAGCAGAAUUCUAUGAAAGGCAAAUUUCGUUUUUAAAAGAAGCAAUGUUAAAAUUAGAAGAAAGAAUGAAACAGGAAGUUGAAUUUUUAGAAGCAGAUUACAUGGUAAAAUUAGAAAAAUUAAGAAAUGAAAAGUUGCAAAUAGAAAAUUUGUGCAAAGAAGAAAUUCAUAACUUAAAGAAUGAACAUGCUCAACGUAUAGAAGAAUGUAAUAAACUACAUUUGCAACACAUAAAACAUAUACAUAGCGAAUAUUCUAAUAUAAUAGAAAGUAUAUGUAAAGCUAAGGAGACAGAAAAUCAAAUAAUAGAAACUGUAACAAGUCGAAAGUUUGAUAUAGAAGAUAUGUUGGAAAGAGCUAAUAUAAUUAUUGAAAGUAUGCAGAAAAACAAAGAAAAAAUAGAGGUAAAGAGUAACGAAAUAAUGGAACGUCGAGAAAAUUAUUUGAAAACGUAUGAAGAAGAUAUGAAAGCCCAACAGUUUGAUUUAAAAAAUCAGAAUAGUGUUUUGGAAGAACAUCGUAAUAAAUUCGUUGAAAUGACAGAGAAAUUCAGCACUCGUCUUACUCGGUUUGUAACCGAAUUAGAAAAACAAAUAACACAGAACAACCAGUCGCAAGAAUUGUUUGAAAACAGAGCAGCAAAUCUUUUACGAGAAAGAGAAUUGUUUGAAGAAAAAGUAAAGUGGGAACGAGAUUAUUUACAGACAUUAAAGGAGUCCUGGAUGAAAGAACAAGAGAGGCAACUAAAAUUACUUGCAGAAGAAAGAGAAACAGUAGCGGCAGAAAAAGCACAGUUAGAUAUUCUAAGUAGAUUAAAAACUAAUAGUGGUAAUGUUGGAAAAAUAGAGUUGGAAGCUGCUAUUAAAACUACGCAAGAAGUAACCGCUUGUGCUAAUCAAGAAAAAUUAAAAUGGCGGGAAAAAAUUAAUGAACUUGAUGCUCGUAAACAGAUUUUACAAGACAAAGAAAAUCUGCUUAUUUUACGUGCCAAGGAGCUGGAAGACCUUACACGAUUAACUUUAAUUAAAAAGGAAGAAGCAACAAAAGCUUUGAAAGAUGCAAAAUAUUUAGAGAGGCAACAUAAAGAAAGACUUGGUCUGUUGCACAUGCAGUUUAAGAGAAUAACGGAAAGGGAAAGAAAAGUAAGAAAUGAAACAUACGAUGUUGCAAAAGGAAUGAUAUCAGCGUCUUGUGAAACUGAAAAACCGGAAAGAGAUAUAAAUGUUCCACAUAAUUUUCAUAGCGGUGUAUUGCCUUUUUCUGUUAUGCACUCAACGUCCAAAAUCACUUCAGAAUUAAUGAAGAUCGUAGAUCCAAAUCUGAUUAUGUUAAAAUUAAACCUUGACGAUAAUUAUGAUACGAUUACCUAACGAUGACAUGUAAACUUUUGAUUAAUAUUUUAUGAGAAAAUGAAUAUGCCAAAUUA